CUGGGAGGAUUUUUGGGGAAGUGCCAUUUUAAGACUUCCUCUUUAUUACUCCCCUCCCUCGCCUAGCAACGUAGCUACAGAGAGUGAGCGAGUGAGCAAGCGAGCAGAGCAAAGAGGCUCCAGACCAGAUAUAUUAGAGAGAGAGAGGGAGAGAGAGAGAGAGGGAGAGGGAGGGAAACAGACAGAGAGGCAGACAGAUACACAGGCAGAAUAAGAGAUAGGUAUGCAGAGAGAGAAACAGAGAGAAAGAGAGGGGAAAAGAAAAAGAUAGAUGGAGUGAGAGAAAAGAAGAAGUAGAGAAGUAGAGAAAGAGAUCGUGCGAGAGAGCGAGUCUCGCCUGCUGUGCUGCAGUGUGAGAGUGAGUGGUCCCGGCUGCUGCUGCUGCCCCGUAGAAAAGCAGUAAUUAAAAGAUCAGUUUACCUCGCGCUUCAACAAAGCAGCAGACGAGAGCGACUGCUAGCCGAGAGGAACUGAGAUUGGAAGGGGAAGUAGCUAAGCUCAUGUUUAGACCACACGGGGCAGACAAGCCUGUAGUAGCUUACACCGUCAGAUCGCUUUGCUCAGCUUCAUGUAGCGUCAUAGGUUAAGAGGUGUGUGUGCCUCCUCCACCUCUUUUUGUGAAUGCCUCUCACCAUGGCUAAGAGGGAGACCGGCAGCACAAGUCCAGUGGUGCGACAAAUAGACAAGCAGUUUCUGGUCUGCAGCAUCUGUCUGGAGCACUACCACAACCCUAAAGUCCUACCCUGCCUGCACACCUUCUGUGAAAGAUGCCUCCAGAACUACAUCCCCCCUCAGUCUCUGACCCUGUCCUGCCCGGUGUGCCGGCAAACGUCCAUCCUGCCUGAGAAGGGUGUAGCAGCACUGCAGAAUAACUUCUUCAUUACUAAUCUGAUGGAGGUGCUGCAGAGGGAGUCGGAGUGCUCUCAGCCCGAAGCCUGUAACGUGCUGGAGUCGGCCAGCGCUGCCACCUCCGCCCAGCCCCUCUCUUGCCCCAACCACGAGGGCAAGGUUAUGGAGUUUUACUGCGAGUCAUGUGAAACGGCAAUGUGUUUGGAGUGCACAGAGGGAGAACACCGGGAGCAUGUGACCGUUCCUUUGAAGGAUGUUCUAGAGCAGCACAAAGCAGCUCUCAAGAACCAACUGGACGCCAUUCGCACAAGGCUUCCUCAGCUGACGGCAGCCAUCGACUUGGUGAAGGAUAUAUCCAGGCAGCUCUCUGAAAGGAAGAAUGACGCCAUCUCUGAAAUCAGCAGCACCUUCGAGGAGCUGGAGCGAGCGCUGCACCAGCGCAAGAACACUCUCAUCACUGACCUGGAGAACAUCUGCAGCACAAAGCAGAAGGUGCUGCAGGCUCAGCUGGCUGCUCUGCUGCAGGGGAAGGAGAACAUCCUGAGCAGCUGCAGUUUCACUGAGCAGGCUCUGAACCACGGCAGCGCCACCGAGGUGCUACUGGUGCAGAAGCAGAUGGGCGAGCGGAUGGGGGCACUAGAGCGUCACGCGUUCCCAGAGCAGCCGCACGAGAACGGCCACCUGCAGUGCCAAGUGGAGACGGAGGGGCUGCGGCGCUCCAUCCAGAACCUGGGGGUCCUCCUGACCACCAGUGCUGUGGGACACACUAGCGUGGCUACAGGAGAGGGGCUCCGGCAUGCUGUGGUGGGACAGUCCACUACUGUCACUGUCACCACCAAGGAUAAGGCUGGUGAGCUGGUAAAGACUGGGAACGCAGCUCUAAAGGCUCAGAUCACCGGCCCAGCUGGCUCUGUCACUAAUGCUGAGGUGACAGACAAUAAGAACGGCACGUAUGAUGUGGGCUACACGCUGUGGAGUGAAGGGGAGUUCUCCUUCUCUCUGCUGCUGUACGGCCAGCCUGUACGCGGCAGCCCUUUCCGCCUUCGGGCCGUUAAACCCUGCGAUGCCCCGCAGUCCCCGGACGACGUGAAGAGGCGUGUAAAGUCCCCCGGCGGAGGGGGAGGUGGGGGACAUGUCCGGCAGAAAGCAGUGCGGAGGCCCUCCAGCAUGUACAGCACUACCAAGAAGAAGGAAAACCCCAUAGAGGACGAGCUCAUCUACAGAGUGGGGACGAGGGGGCGAGAGCGAGGAGAAUUCUCCAACCUGCAGGGCAUCUCCACCUCCAGCAACGGACGCAUAGUGGUGGCUGACAGUAAUAACCAGUGCAUACAGGUAUUUUCUAAUGACGGUCAGUUUAAGAUGAGGUUUGGAGUGAGAGGUCGUUCUCCAGGGCAGCUGCAGCGCCCCACUGGCGUCACAGUGGACAUGAACGGAGAUAUUAUUGUGGCUGACUAUGACAACAGAUGGAUCACUAUCUUCUCCUCUGAUGGCAAAUUUAAAAAUAAGAUUGGAGCGGGGCGGCUGAUGGGACCUAAAGGAGUAGCUGUGGAUAAAAAUGGCCACAUCAUAGCUGCAGACAACAAAGCCUGCUGCGUCUUCAUCUUCCAGUCCAACGGCAAACUGGUGACCAAAUUUGGAGCAAAGGGAACAUCGGACAGGCAGUUUUCAGACAAAAGUGCUCCAAACACUCCAACGGAGCCGAAACUCAGUAAAUCCGGCCCUGUCUUCAGUCCCCAUUUUGUAGCCGUGAACAACAAGAAUGAAAUCAUUGUGACAGAUUUCCACAAUCAUUCUGUUAAGGUCUAUAAUGCAGAUGGGGAGUUCCUGUUUAAAUUCGGUUCUCAUGGGGAAGGGAACGGCCAGUUCAAUGCUCCCACGGGGGUGGCAGUGGACACCAAUGGAAACAUCAUUGUUGCAGACUGGGGUAACAGUAGGAUACAGGUGUUUGACAGUUCAGGAUCCUUCCUGUCGUACAUCAACACGACAGCGGACCCGCUGUACGGCCCGCAAGGCCUGGCUCUCACCUCCGACGGUCACGUAGCCGUGGCGGACUCUGGGAACCACUGUUUCAAAGUGUACCGCUACCUGCAGUAGGAACGGGCCGCUACUGCCAGAGAAGGACGACCCAGCAAAUGUAUUGUACAGGUGCAAUGACCUUUAGCAUUUACCGUUUUAUUUUGCACACCGGAAGGGUCUCAGCCACUGAAGUAACCUUUAGGGAGACGUUAACAGCCAACCAUUUUAUUUGAGCUGAAUUGAUGCUAAUUGGACCGGAGCUUAACAUUUAUCCUGUAUUCUUUAUUGCACUGAUUUGGAUUGAUUGUGAAUUUUUGCGUAAAUCCGAAUCAGACUGCAGACCGCCAACACAAGUGAGUAAUAAUAGUCACAGUACUCUCAGCAGUGCUUGUGAGGGCAGCUACUCUUUAAGCUUUUAAAGUACUUUAUGAAGUAUUUUAUGAACGUCUUGGUUUAGCUAAAAGCCACUUGGUAUAGCCAUCAUCUUAAUGAAAUACAAAAACCCUUUCCAACGACAUGGAAGCAAAGUUCCUUAGGAGUUUACUUCACGAACGAUCAGUGAUCUAUCUUAUAAAUGUACUGUGAAAGCAAGCCAUUUCGUAUCAAACUGAUCCGACUAUUUGUGCAUUGACUCGCUGUAUAUGUUGACGCAUUUGUAUCAUAUCGUAUGUACAUUUGAUAGCUUUUUUUUGCUGUAAUAUGAGUUUGGAAAGCCUCACUCCUUCAGUAGGGUUGAGCUUAGGAUGCCCAUGGUCUUAGCUGUAAAUGUAGAAGAAGAGCAGCUUAUAGUUUUAGUGUGCGUUUGCCUUCAAAAUCUCUGCAUAUUUCUGACAAGGGUGUUAGCCAUAUCACACACCACAACAGCACAAAUUUAGAAUGUUGUCUGCUCUUUUUGAAGAGGGAAAAAAAAAUGUUAAUUUAUUUUAAUUUUGUAUUCAAUGUUAUGAUUUACGGGUUAUCUUUUCUAAUUUCCAUGUUUCUGCAAUAUCAAUACCAAUGCCUUGACAUACAUACAGCAGACGCUUUUGCAUGAAACGCUUCAGCGUAGGACGUAAACACAUUGCCAAAAUGUGAAUGAUUCAAAACAUGUACAGAAACUUUGCCUUUUAAGAAGGAAAUGUUAAAGGCUCAGCGAGAAAUCAAAUUUACACAGUUUUCCACUUACCCAAAUGUAGAUAUGCUCGGUGUCCUAUUAGGCUAAUGUCGCCUACACUGGAAAUCAAUAGUCACCCAAAUCUUUCCCGUAAAUACAUUCCCAGAACUUCUCUCAACCCACUCAGACCGUAUCUAGAUCUUCAUUAAUGCCUACAGCAGUGAUCACCAACCCUGGUCCUGGAUAUCUGUCAUCCUGCAUGGUCUUGUUCCAACCAUUCUCAAUCCAGCUAAUAAACUUCUUCAGAGGUUCUUGAUAGGCUGGAUUAGAUGCAUCAGUGUUAGAUAGUUGAAGAGCAGCAUGUUAAAUGCAGGUUGGAAGUAAACUCUGCAGGAAGGUUGAUGACCACUGGUCUAUGUAAGCGUUUUGCCAAGGAGCACUGAUGCACUGGAAAUAAAUAUGUGAGCACAAACUUAAUAUGAACUUUUUUAUACAUUCUUUUCAUUUCUCUUAUCAGUCAGAAAGGAUGUUUAAUUCAGUAAUGAGAUUUAUUCCUAGAUUGUCGAAGAUUGCCUAAACAACAUUAAGAAGUCCUUUGCAGUAAUUCGGUAUUGAUUAUGUUAUUUUCCUGUAGUUUAUUUAUAUAAUCUUGUAGUAUAUUUAUAUAAUCUGGGUUCCUGUGUUUUAUAUCAUAUUUAAUUUACACAAAGUUAAAGUCUUUCUCGGUCUGCAAGCCUGUUUGCUGGAUAGCCAGUUCUUACUGUAAAGUAAGUAAGUUAUAGAAAUGGUGUUUUUUAAUAUAAACAGCCCUGAUGCCACAAUAUUUACAGCACAUCUACAAAUUAUACAAAUUUACCCCAAUCAUACCUUCUCAAUGCUCCUUAGGCAGAUUUUCCUGUAGUAUAAGAAGGCCAUUUAGCUGUGUUUUGGUAACCUGUUUAAUGCCUGCAUGCAAAAUGCACAAUCUAGGCUUUAUUUAAAGUUGCUGUAUUGCCUAAUAGCGCUGUGCUGCAUAUAAGUAGUCAAGCCCAGUAUCGGCUUCUUCUGUGAUGCUCCUGCACAACUUGUGAUAAACUUUUUAACCCGUGGGAUAUACGUUCACUGUCUUGAGACCACAGCAAAUGCAAAAGAGGUGACUCAAACAGUCAAUCAGCAGUUUUUAACUGAUCUCCUCCUCUGACAGUUAUACAGAUUAGUUAUUUUUCAGGUCGGUUAGCUUCUUGUAGUCUCAGCUUCAGAUGAUACCGAGUGAACUGCCAACCACAACUAUCGAUGUUGCAUUCUGAUUGGCUCUCCACACGUCUGUAUAUAUGCACUUCUGUGCAGUGUUUUUUUACCAUAUAGUCAGGAAACAAGGUUUUGUUUUUCUAGCUAAAUCCUAGUCAGUGAUAGAGAACAGCUGCCCACACUGGACAUUGUAAUGAAGAAUAAACCUUUCAGGGCAGGAUAUAUUUGUGGCAUUUUCACAGUUGCCUCCUCCUACACAAAAGGCCAAAACAGCAGGCUGUGAUUGGUCAUUUUGCACAUCGCAUUUUGCAGUGAAAAGCACCAGAAUCUCUGCCGAUAUGUCUAGCUUGUGAGACUAGGCUUCUUGUGAUAUGCUCCAUGUUUUAUAGAUGUAGUAGCAGUAGGGCCAGUGACACACGUCAUUGUACAUGAUAGAAAUGAACAAAACUGCACAGUUAAGAUAACUUAAUAUAACAGCUGUUGAUUCUGUUGAUUCUACUGUGCAGGUUUGUUCAUUUCUAUCAUAUACAGUAAGACAUACAGUGCAGGAUUCUACAGUGCAAGCAAAAUGCUGCCAUUUGCUCCUUCUUUUUAAAACAAAUGUGACCAGAAUUUUUGUUUAGGAGCACCAAUGUGAGAUGCAUGCAUCACAUCACAUUCUCAAUUUCUGUUUUUUAAAUAACCUUGAAGUAUGCAUUAAUUUUCAAAAUGAAGAUAUAGACUUUUAAUAAUGGAAACAACAGAAAGCGUGAAUCUAAUUUAGCCUGCUUGACGCGCCUCACCAUGAAGGGAAGUUGGAUUCUGUGGCACAAAAAUUUUUUGACUACAAUGGCUGGCCGCUGCAUUCAGCUACACAGUGAAUGCGAUGCCCUUAAGGCAUUUAGUUAAUCUUUUCAUUUUUCAUUUUUCUUUCUUGUAUUUAACGAUUUGUUGUUGCUUAUUUCUUGUCUUAAAUAAGAAAAAAGGGACCUAAAUAACUAAUCUUUAGUUUAACAAGUUUAUUUAUAAAAUUGGUUUCUGGUCGAAACGCACGAUAACGUCACUUCUUAACUUUCUUUAGUUAAGAAAAGAGAAAGAUUGGUUUGUUUACAGUUGUGUAUAAGCUAAUAGAUAUAUUAGCAGCCAUGGUAACCUCUGCCUACAGUACAGGUCAGCAAUGUAUAUGGCAAUGUUUACAACUAUGUACAAUGUAUAAUUAAGAACACAGGCACUGAACACGUUUUGUAUUGUUUAUUUACAGUUUUCACCUGCAUGCUAAUGAGGAAGAGUGACAGUAAUUGGUCAACCUUACUACGGCUCUGUCUUCAUUGGCUGUGGUUUAGCUUGGUGUUUAGUCUGAGUUUGAGGUUUUGUUUAUAUUGUUUAUAAACCACACUUUGACAAGUCUGUGUUACCUUAAUGAAGGUGGAUUAACCUGGAUGUGGUUGAGAGGAGUUUUGAGAAUAGAUUUAUUGAAUUCUAAUGUUUAUCAGUGUUGGCCUCGUAGCCCAAGCGCUAAACUAAAGAAACAAAAUUUGGACACUAAACAAGUCUCGGCUGAUCAAUUACAACUGGGGUAAGUGGAAGACUGUGUCAGUUUGAACCUUUCCUUUAGGAAGCUAAAACUCACAAAGAUUUGUGCCAAGAAUCUGCUGAUAGUUUGAUCCACAAAGAAGGUUACUAGAAGUGUAAAUAGUUCUACUCCUAACGUUUGAUAGCUUAUCUCCAAAUCCAGCUUCUACCCAUCUGGACUAGUAUGCAUUGCUUAUUUUCUAAGUCUACUUGACUUAAGCCUAGUAUAACUCAGUAGAAAGCCAUUAAAACCACUGUUCCCUACUAGAAGCUAUAUUCAACAGGAAGUAUCAGUGAAGCAAUCCAUUCUUUAGUGUUCUUUAUUUGAGAUAACAUCCUCCUUACUCAGGCUACAUAUUUGGCAUAUAAAGGCAGACAUUUCAGUGACAUUUCAGUCAGUAUUCAGUUUGAGUUUCAACAGUUUCAGGUUCGCUUUUUAAGACCAGUCGUCUCGUAACAUGAACUUUAAAUGCUUCAGGCAAAGCAAGGCAGGGACUCAGUGGUUAAUCUCACAUUGAUCACUGAUCCAAAUAUCACUGUCUGAAAGGCAUAAUCUUUGUUAGGUAAUGCUACAUGCUACAUGACUCAAUGUCAAGGACUAAUAUCUCAUAAGUGUGCAUUCCAGAAGGUAUGGUCUCAAGAGUACCUUUUACGUAACAAAAGUCAUGCUUAAACGCAGCAUUGCCAAACAUGGACUCUUCGUGAGAAGGUCAACGCUACGACAUGCUUCUGCUGAACUUUAAACUGUGCUGUUCCACAAAUUGCUUUUCUUUCUUUGUCAGAUGCACUGAAAAUAAAAGCACACGAUUUACUCUGCUAA